AUGUACGACAAGUACACCGUCCGGCUGAGGGUAAAGUGGACCGCGGACUCGCAGCCAAAGGCUGCUACGAGUCACAGCUUAGGCAACGGUGCUCCACGCCUUUUGCUGGAGGGUCCGCUGCUGGGCAUGCUGAACCAAGUCCGACAGGUUCUGGAGCUCCAGGACAAGCUUACGGCGCGGGCGACCGCAGCCGAGGCGUCGUCGGCGGAGCGGGCCGUUCUGGCGGAGGCCCGGGCGAAGCAGGCCGAAGAAAGGGCCAAAGCCGCCGAGGCGGCCCUGGCUGCCAUCUGCCAUGCACCCGGACCGGCACCCGGAGCCUCGAGAGAAGGAUCACCAGCCGGCAUCCAGGGCCUGCCAGAGGACAGCUUGCCUGAGAUGUCUCUCCGGGAGAUAUCGGGCCUCUAA